AUUUUUUACUCUGAACUCAGAGGGACGCUGUUGACCAGGAUGUAUCAGUUCGUCGCUGAUGUGUAGGAGUACCUCCCAUCAUCUCCUUCUAUUUUAUCGAGAAGCACAGCGGAGAGAUUCAAUAAAAACCGUUUGUGGGAAUGUAACCGAACGCAGAUACAUAAACCUUGGGCUUUCUGUUACGGAUUUCUGUUCAGUUAACGUGAAUCGGGACAAAGGGUUUACAUAUGGAUAUAUUGAUGAUGGCAGGAAUAACAGCGAGACGGCAAGUACUAUUGUUCAUUUCGGUCCUCUCCCUCGGUUCAACUGUCGCACAGGUCAGCUACUCUAUUCCUGAGGAAAUGGCGAAAGGCUCGUUCGUUGGUAACAUAGCUCAGGAUUUAGCUUUAGACAUCCAAAGACUGAAAUCCGGCAGGGCUCGGGUUUUUACUCGAGACAACACAGCUUACAUCGAGCUAAACAGCGAAAGGGGAAUUCUCCUACUUAAAGAAAGGAUAGACAGAGAGGCGCUGUGUGGACAAAUGACGCCUUGCGCUUUACAUUUUCAGAUUUUAUUAGAAAAUCCGAUGGAAUUUUAUAGUGUCACUGUUGAAAUCACAGAUAUAAAUGACAAUCCUCCGACUUUCAUCAUGAACGAGGCACAUUUUAAUAUAAGCGAAUCUGCGCUGAGUGGCACAGCAUUCGUUUUAGAUCGGGCGACCGAUCUUGAUGUGGGCGAAAAUAGUUUAAAAGCAUAUGCUCUUAAACCAAGUGAUAUAUUUUCUCUGAAAAUAAAUAAUCAGGGACAGGGUAGUAAAAACGUGGAGAUGGUUCUGAACGCACCCCUCGACAGAGAGAAAAAUGAACACCUAAGUUUGGUUCUGACGGCGGUGGAUGGUGGCGAGCCGCGGAUGACGGAAACGAUGCAGAUUCACGUUAAUGUUUUAGAUGCUAAUGACAAUGCUCCCGUUUUUACACAGCCCGUUUAUAAAGCAUUUAUAAAGGAAAAUGCACCAGUCGGAACUGUUGUAGGGACAGUUACUGCAACUGAUGCAGAUGACGGGUCUAAUGGCAGAAUAACUUAUUCAAUUUCAGCUAUACUAGAUCAUGCCUAUGGGAUUUUUGAAAUCAAUAAAAGAAGCGGUGAGGUCACUUUGAUUGGAAAGGUUGAUUAUGAGAAAACCAGAACUUUUCAGAUUAAUAUUCGAGCGAGUGAUGACGGAGGUUUAAGUGGUUCAUGCAAAUUAAUAGCUGAUGUAAUAGACACGAAUGACAACCGCCCCGAUAUUCAUAUCAUGUCUAAAUCAAAUGUUAUAUCAGAAGAUGCGAAGCCUAACACCGUUGUAACAAUGAUAAAUGUAGAAGAUGCAGAUUCCUCUGAAAAUGGAAAAGUGCAAUGCGACAUCAAUGACAGUAAUAGUUUCAUAUUGAAGUCAGUCUCAGAAAAAUUCUAUAGUUUGAUGACAGACAGUGAUUUGGACAGAGAGAGAGCCUCUGAGUAUAACAUCACUGUGACCUGCUCUGAUGAGGGAGUGCCCUCCCUCUCCAGCAGUGUCACUCUCACCUUACAGAUCUCAGACGUUAAUGAUAACGCACCUGUCUUUGAGAGGAGCUCAUAUGAGGCCUACAUUGUAGAAAACAAUACACCAAGUCUCUCUAUAUUCACAGUCAAAGCCACAGACGCUGACUGGAACCAGAAUGCCCGUGUUUCUUACAUACUGGAGGACUCCUCCGUUAACGGAGUGCCAGUCUCUUCAUAUGUGUCCGUUAGUGCUGAUAGUGGAGUCAUCCAUGCAGUGCGCUCUUUUGACUACGAGCAGAUCAAAGAUUUCCACUUCCGCGUAAGAGCACAGGAUGGAGGCUCUCCUCCACUCAGCAGCAACGUGACUGUGAAAAUAAUGAUCCAAGACCAGAACGACAACCCCCCUCAGGUUCUGUACCCAGUCCAGACUGGUGGCUCUCUGGUGGCUGAAAUGGUGCCUCGUUCAGCAGAUGUGGGCUAUCUGGUGACUAAAGUGGUGGCUGUUGAUGUGGACUCUGGACAGAAUGCCUGGCUCUCCUAUAAACUGCAGAAAGCCACAGACAGGGCGCUGUUUGAAGUGGGCUUACAGAAUGGAGAAAUCAGAACUAUCCGCCAAGUCACUGAUAAAGAUGCUGUCAAGCAAAGACUGACUGUUAUAGUGGAGGACAACGGGCAGCCGUCUCGUUCAGCUACAGUCAUUGUUAACGUGGCGGUGGCGGACAGCUUCCCUGAAGUGCUGUCGGAGUUCACUGAGUUGACACACGACAAGGAGUACAAUGACAACCUGACUUUUUACUUAGUCUUGGCUCUGGCUGUAGUUUCCUUCCUCUUCAUCACGUGUUUAGUGGUUAUUAUAUCAGUCAAAAUCCACAGGUGGAGACAGUCUCGCAUCCUGUAUCACUCCAACCUGCCUGUCAUUCCAUAUUAUCCACCACGUUACUCAGACACUUUGGGGACAGGGACUCUGCCACACGUGUACAAUUAUGAGGUGUGCAGGACGACUGACUCCAGAAAGAGUGACUGUAAGUUCGGCAGAGCUGGUAGUCAGAACGUGCUGAUAAUGGACCCCAGUUCUACAGGAACGAUGCAGCGGAUACAGAGUGAAAAGAGCAUCCUGGAUGAACCAGACUCUCCUCUAGAGGUUAGAAUUUCCCAACCAUUCAAAAUUAAUAUCAAGGAAUUAAUGCUUGUCAUCUUAUUUUCAGCACCUCGGAUAGCGACAUGA